CAUGUCAGCGGGUCGUCAGCACAGUGAUAGCAGGUCCAUCCCGACCAGGACGGUGCUGAUCAGCGACACAACGCAGCUACCUCAUGAUUACUGCACCACCCCUGGGGGUACUUUAUUCUCCACCACUCCUGGAGGCACCCGGAUUAUCUAUGAUCGCAAGUUUCUGUUGGAUCGCCGCAAUUCCCCUCUUGCUCAGACUCCACCUGCUCACCUCCCUGUCAUCCCUGGAGUAACCAGUCCCAAAAAUAAAAAAGAAGAAACUAAAAAUAUGAAUAAGCACGAGAGGAAGACAGCAGCAGGAGAUGACUCUCAGUUUGAGAUGGACAUCUAGCCUGGAAGAUCCGCAGUGGAAUACUUGGCAUCGCCUGGUACCUGUGUGCCAGUGGCUUGGCUUGUAAAAUGCUGUGAGUCAUCACAGCCAUCUCAUUUAACAGCCCCUUCAAGUGCAGCAAGGAAGUUUAGUAAUGUGGCAAAACUCCCCUUAGGUUCAGCUUAUUGGUGAUAAAACUUUAUCUGUUGUAUCAUAUAGGGCUGUGCCAACUGGUUGUUAUUUCAAAACCACUUGUUGCAUUUUAUUUUAACAUAUUACCUCCUCUAAUGUGACAGAUAUGAAAAAUAUCCACCUAUAUUAUGCAUAAAGAUAGUAAAUCCCCUUGGUAUAUGUUUUUUUUUUUUUUUUUUUUAAUAAUUAAGCAGAAAGUGGACAAAUCUGUAAUCCUGUCACAGAAAAGCAAUACAUUGGUUUGCUACGUACCUUUAUCUUUCCAAGUCAAAUGAAAUACAGACUGCUAUUGCUGAAAUUAAAAUAAAUCCUUCCUGACAGGUCCACAACAAAUGCGUAUGUCAGCCUCUGAAAUAUGAGCCAACUUAAGAUCCACCUGUUUUAAAGCCAGGCGCUUAGCUUUUCAUUGGCUAUGCCUGAAACUAGUUGUUUAUUGGCUGUGAUUAAAAACCUUUUGUAUCUUUGGCAGUGAUUGUGUUUGUUCUGGAAUUGUCUGGUCUGCUAGGUUUAUUCAUUUGGUAGCAACAGUAUUUUCAUUUGAUUAGAUUUUUUUUAAGCAAGUGUUGGCAGUACUGAAUUACAUUAAACACAUUUCCAAGUGCAUAGGGGGUACUAACCAUUGUCAUUAAAAUGGGAACAGUGUGUCAUUUCAAGCACUGGAUUUCUGGAAAAUACCAAAUGCAAUCAUGAUGGAUUCUACUUUUAGCUCUCUGUAGUAAAGGUAGUGUUGUCUAGGUAAUGCUGCUACUGUCAACUGGAUUGAAUGGUUCAACAUAGAGAGAACUAGAUGUAAGUUACAGUUUAAUGUAUUGUUUUAUUUACAGUGGAUAAUUUGAUUUGUUGGUACAGCCCUGCAAAAAAUGUUUUUUUUUUUUUUUUAUAAAUAAGGCCUUUAUUUAACCAGAGGGCUUGCUUGUUAAAGAUUUUGCUCAGAUGACAACCUUGAAAGGGAUUUUUUUUUUUAACCAAAUAACCAAUAAACAGUAGUCUGGUAAAUUUAGUCAAAAAUUUAAAAAAAAAAAAAAAAAAAAGUGCCCGUUUUUAUAGAAAAACAUAAACAUUCGUUUGGAAAACAUAUUAAACAAAAUUUGUAUUACCGUUCUGGCCUGGCGUAUCUCUGACACUGCCACAUUAGAAUUGUUAGACUGUGUUUUUUGCAAACACUUUCACUAGUCUUCGAUGGAUGCAUUUUAUUUCUUGAAGUCUAAACAUCACUAUAAAAGGCAGUCCAUUCAGAAGGCCACGUCAUGGUUGGACUGACUAUACCAUUAUUUUAAGGGCACUUGCAUCUUUUAGAAAGGAGGUCCUGGUGUUUGAGAAUGUGAAUAACAAUGUUUGACUUGAAUAAUAAAAAUACUUUGUUUAUAGUUUUGAGAAAGCAGUGAUCUCAAGAUGCACUAUGUAAGUAUGACUGUGUACAUACAGUAUGCAGCAUGCUGCUACCGUGUUAGAAAGUCAUUCUAAACAAGCAUUCAAACAUGGAAACAUGUUUCAAAUCAAAGCAGAACAAAAAUCUAUGCUCACACUGGUUUAAGCCAGUAUUUUGUAAGGCCUUAAUCAUUAAAUGCAAACAUUUGAUUACAUUUUCAGAUACAUCUUGGAGAAGAAGCUUUCGCAAAAGAACUAAACAAUGUUUCGGUCACGUGGCUUGCAUUUAUAACUGGGUUUUCACUUCCAGAAUAGAAGUCAAACUAACACCUGCACUCUAACUUUUCCAGUAUGUGGUCAAAAAAGUUGUUGUUCUUGUAGGUGCAUUUUGUUUUCUUUAUCAUCAGAAAUUCAUAAUUCGUCAAUGUUAAGGUUUCAGAAAAUACCCAAAGAGAACUAAAAAAUUAUUUGAGAGAUAGUGAGUUGGGAAGAUCAUUUCUGGAAGAUGAGAAAUGAAGGAGAGGAAGAAGGCAGAAUUUAGCAAAGAGAAGUACCCUUCCUACCCCACUACAGUGGAACACUGUGGCCUUACCUUAUUUGUAUUUUGCUUCCUCUCUGCUGAUUUUCCACAUCUGGUUCCCUAAAGCUCAAAAUAAACACUCUCAAUCUGGGUUGGGCUAAAAUUAAAUGAAUAUGCUCCUUUUUCUAAGCAGUUAAAAGAAAGUUGCAGUUAUUUUAAAUUUGUGUUUGUUAUCAUUGUUGAAGACAUAAUAAAUACUCCUCUGUUGCAUUAAACACACAUGUGUUUAUACCUUUUGUUUUGAUAGAACUAAAUAAUUAAUAUAACUGAUAUUGUUAUAAAGUCAAUCCAUGUAGAGACUAAUUUAGAGGUUUCUAUUUAGGGUAACGUGUUUAUUUUUAUUUCACAAACAUGGAGGCCAGAUACAAAAAUGUUCUAGUCUUUAAUGUUUUUUCUAUUUUUGUUUUUAAAGGACAUGGAAUUGAAAUCAGCAUAUUUGUCACACUGCUAUGUAAAUGCUGGAAUCAUUUGGUUUUAUUCUCUGUCUAAUGAUCUGUGUCAUGUGAAAAAGCAUACUUUGUGUUAAAGCAGUGUUGUCUGUUUUUCUGAGCACAUAUUCCAGAUAACUGAAAACCAGCUGUUGUUGGCCUAAUUUGGCUGUAACGUUGUACAUCAUGGAGCAAACCAGAAGGAAAAAAAAGCUCUGUGUGACAUUUUUGUUUCUGUUUCAAAUUCUUUGUAACAAAACAGUGUAUUUUCAAAUGAAAUCAUGCCAAUGCCAGUGGACACUAUUACAAUUAGAUCAAUAAAAUUCCUUAGUAAUAAGGAUGUCAUAAUUA